UUACAGUAAGUUGAUAGAAACUUUUUUUCAAAUUUUUGGACAUGUAUUAUGAAACAUUCUGUAUUGCGCCACCUAAUGAGAAAAAAAUGAUACAACCAUAACAGACAUAACCUAAAAAUGUUUAAAUUUCUAACCUUAAAAUAACAAAAGAAAAGUGAAAUAGAAUUUUUUUGUUUUUCAAAUAAUGGGUGACGCUAAUUCACCUCCAAAGAAGAAAUUUAAAACAAAAUUAUCACCACAAAAACCCAGUGAAAGGAAACAACGUAAUAAAACGAAUGUUGAUGAAAAAUUUAAAAUGCUACAAACAAAAUUAGUGCCUAUAAAAACUACCAAGUCCAAGGAGCCACCCCUUAAACAAAGUAAAUUAUGUUUGAGCAAAAUAAAAAGCGACACCAGUAUUUUAAAACAAAAUAUUAAGAAUGAACCAGAAAUUAGAACAUUAGGAGAAUUUCAAUUUCGAUCGAAGUCAACAUCACAAAGCAAUUUAUCUAAAUUAAUAACUUUCCAAUCGAAUGGUUAUAAAGUAGCAAAAUUAAAUAAUAAUGAAAGUAAACGGUUCAUAAACCAAAUUCUUAUUACAAAUGAAAAUGAAGAUGUUAAAGAGAGAAAUGAAAUUGAUAACCAAGAAUUAGGCCAAUUAAUAAAAGAUGAGGAUGAGGUUCUUUUUACAAAUGAAAAUCUUGACCAACAACAGCAAUUAGAAAAAGAUGAGGAAUUGGCGAGAUUAUUAGAUGCAGAGGAGCGCGAAAUUUUCUCUAGUCAAUGUUCUGUCGAAGAUGAUGAACGUUUCGCGAGAUUAUUACAAGAAAAAGAAGAAAUUCUUACAAACCGAUCAGCCGUGGAUGCAGCAAUGGAAUCGUUCGGUAAUGAAAGCUCUAUGCAGGAUGAUGAAGAUUUAGCAAGACUCUUAGAUGUUGAUUGGGAUGAACAUUUUGCUGAAGACAACAAAACACAACCACCAACAAACACAAAUCGAGUUAGCCAUACAAAAGACUUUCAAAAAGUGUAUCCUCACACUCCAAUAAUGAAAGAAAUACUUCAUACAAGGUUUGGUUUAAAAACGUUUCGCCCAAAUCAAGAAGAAGUUAUUAAUGCUUGUCUUGAACAGCAUGAUUGUUUUGUGUUAAUGCCUACGGGAGGUGGAAAAAGUUUGUGUUAUCAACUCCCAGCUGUCUUAACACCGGGUGUUACAAUAGUCAUUUCACCUUUGCGAGCACUCAUUAUUGACCAAGUGGAUAAAUUAAAUGCCUUAGAUAUAAACGCCGCCCAUUUAUGUGGCGACGUAAAUCGACAAGACACCGACGCAAUCUUACUAAAAUUAAAUUGUAAAGAACCCAUAAUAAAACUGCUUUACUUAACACCAGAAAAGAUAAAUUGUAGCGCAUCCACUCAGCAAACGAUAUCUCAAUUGUAUAACCGCGAUAAAUUAUCCAGAUUUGUAAUUGAUGAAGCGCAUUGUUUAUCCCAGUGGGGGCACGAUUUUCGACCUGAUUACAAAGAAUUAUCAAAAUUACGCAAACAAUACCCUAAGGUGCCAAUAUUAUGCUUAACAGCGACUGCAACAAAUUUAAUUCAAGAAGAUGUAACAAACGUGUUAAAGUUACGCGAUACUAAAGUUUUCAUAACAAGCUUUAACAGGCAAAACAUUAAAUAUGAGGUAUUAAAAAAACCGAAAGCCGCUGAGUUAUUAACCGAAAUAUCAAAUUUGAUCAAAUCUCGAUUUGCCCGAAAAUCCGGGAUUAUCUAUUGUUUGUGUAGAAAAGAAUGCGAUAUGUUAGCAAACGAAUUACGCAAAAAAGGAAUUAAAUCUCGAUCGUACCACGCUGGAAUGUCCGAUAAUCAACGAGGAACGGUUCAACAGCAAUGGAUGAACGAUGAGUAUCACGUAAUUGUAGCAACGAUAGCGUUUGGGAUGGGCAUUGAUAAACCGGACGUUCGAUUUGUCAUUCAUCAUUCCGUUCCAAAAUCGGUUGAGGCUUUUUAUCAAGAAUCGGGAAGAGCGGGAAGAGACGGAGAACUUUCCUACUCAUAUUUAUUUUAUUCAUACAGCGACAUAAUCCGGUUGGAAAAACUCAUGAAAUUAACAGGGGCCCGAAAUCGACAAAACGCGGCGGGUCACAACGAAAAUUUGAACCAAAUGGUGGCGUAUUGCGAAAAUCGAGUCGAUUGUAGACGCGUUUUGCAACUCUCCCAUCUCGGAGAAAAAUUCGACAGAAAUAUUUGCAUAAGUAAUAAAUCAUCCACUUGCGAUAAUUGUUUAAAAUUAAAUACUUGCAAAUACAUCGAGAGAGACGUAACCAAAGAGUGCCAAGAACUAGCAAUAUUAAUUAACGAUCUCACUAAAACGCAAAAACUUACCAUGGCUUUAGUUGCGGAUAUUUACAAAGGAUCGAAACUAAAAAAAAUUAUAAGCUGCAGAUUAAAUCAACACGCACUUUACGGGAAAGGCGCCGAACAAAACAGAGCAGAUAUUCAAAGAUAUUUAAUCGAAAUGGUUUCGAAAAACUACUUGCAAAAAACCACCACAAACAGCGGAGCCGGAUUCCCUGUUCAAUACAUCAAACCAGGCCCAAAAUACAAAGAUUUAAUUAAUAAUCUAGAUAAAAUUAAAAUAUCAAUCAACGAAACGCCCGUUCCAUUAAAUGAACCAAAACCAUCAACAUCAACCGCACCAACACUACCAGUCGAAAUCUCCUCCCCAUCAGACGGCCAAAACUAUAAAGUAUCUUCGAUAAAAUUAAAAUGUCACGAAGAACUUUUAGAGGUAUGCAACAAAUUCGCUUUGGAACGACGUGUCACGUUAUCGUCGAUAAUAAAUUUGCAAGCUCUGCGGAUCAUGUCGGAACAACUUCCCGAUAAUAAAGACGAUUUUAUGAAAAUACAACACGUCACCAAAGCGAAUUACGAAAAAUUCGGCGAUGCUUUAUUGGCCGUUACAGUCAAAUAUAGCCAACAAUUAAAGGAGUUAUCUCAAUCGUCGACCGCGAGGGUUUGCGCGGAUCACGCAGAUGUCGAUGAUUUUACGGUUCCCAAAAAACCGAAAAAAACUGUCAAAAUGAAGUAUAAAAAAUAAUAAAGAAUUGUGAAGAAUGUUUCAUAUUAAAUUUAAUUUAUAUUAUUUCGUUAUUUUAAUUGAGUACAUAAUUAAACGUUUAUUUAUAACUCG